GAGCAUUUAUGGCUAUGGCGGAUUCGAUCCAGGCAUACUACACGGGGAAAGGCCGCUGCUUUCCAGAUCUUACAUCGAAGUUCACUUGGGAGCGAGGAAAAGAGAGGAAAUAAUGUGGCCUUGGAAGACAUGGUUAAAGCUUCAUGGGAUUGGUGGGUGCUCGGGGAGUUGUUGGGAUGAGAUGAGGCCGAUUUUUUCAGAGGUGAGUGGAUUGCUGGAGGUUCAAUGUUCAAUACUAAUUCGGGUCAUUAUAUUAAUAUCUACUCACUGGAAUAUUGCUUACCGAGUACCUUCAGGUUGAAUUGUGAUUCUUGUGGGCUGUUGACUGUUGUUGACAAGGAUACAAUUACCAUGGGAUUCUGUCCUGCUUGGCCGGUUGCAGUAUGUUAUCUCCAGGACCACAGAACUGUGCCGUAAACGCCAACCAAACGCGUAAGCACAUGAUCUGGUGAGCCUAUUUUAAUUACCCAAGGCUGUCUCCAGCUUCCUCAUCACCUCCUUAACUAGGAAGAGACGGCCGAUUAUCUCGCACCGAUGCUCAUCCGAUGCAAUGAAUGUGGAGAGCCUCAAUUGUCUUCCACACGGAUGUUUCGCGAUGGAGUCGUCGAGGCCUUUUUGUGGUUGACAGGAUCCCGUAUCAAGAAGUCGAGUCAUAGUGGGGCAGUCACUGAUUUCAGUGGCAUGCUCCACGUUGCCCCUUUGUUGCUAAGGGGGCACCUGCCUUGUUUACUCGCACCUCAUUUUUCCGACAAAACUGCUCCACCUCCCACCUGCAGCUUCUUUCCAACACCACCACUCGCACUCCGCAUCCACAAUUGCUAAACCUCAAUCCGCAAACCACAAAAAAACAAACCAAUCACUUCUUCGUAACACUCAAUCCGAUAUGUCUUCCAACAUUCUCGCCGAUAAGGACAUCAACGCCUCCACUACUGGAGCUGCGACAAACGCUAGUGGAAAGGUUGAUGCGAACAACAUGGACUACCAUCGCCAGAUGCUCCAAAACAAGCUUGAUCAACAAGAGUAUGCUAUGCGCCCAUCUCUUUGCAUUGAAGCGCAAGCCUCUCUUUAUGGUUCUUUUACUGACAUUGUCUCCUCACAGUACCCAACAAACAUACAUCUCCCCCUCCGACACCAUCAUGAGUCCAUGCACAGCCAAACUCAGCGCAUACCGCAACAAGCAAGUCGGAAAGUAAGUAGCACACCACACCCCCUUCAAUCCCCAAAAAACCAACAAUUGUAACACAACCUCCAGAGCCAAGCCCAAAUCCCUCUUCGCAAAGACCUCGGCCAAAAACCUCCAAGGCAACUCAGGCGGCCUCUUCGGGAAGCAAAUCCCCAACGCCAACACAGAGAAACCCGUCGGCGGACAAUAAGCCCUCGCAUGCCCCUUCAAAACCACGUUGUGUGUAAACAACACCAACAUUGUACCACUAUAAUGACCCUCUGAUGUACCUUCGUCCUGCUCCCAGACCACGAACCCAUCUUCACGACGCUUUCUUCUUCUCUACGACCAACAGCACCUUCACAAACACUCCACAAAACACAACAAAACACAUCUUCACACGGCAGGGAAUAUCACUAAGGAAUUUAUUCGGUGGGGGUUCGGGUUGAGAAAUGGAUAUUGGGGUAUCCACGGUAGACUUCGCAUUGCGAGUCGUGGGCAAAUCCAACAAAAAUUUGUUAUGACUGGCAUUGGGUAAAUGGAGUUCUAUCGGGGCUGAAUAUUGAUUUUCUCUUUCUUUGGUGUGUUGGGGGUUUUUUUUUGAUAGCUAUGCCACAUGCUAUCGUCAAUGGUCCUUCCCUUGCUUUGGACACGACUAGGGGAAUUUGAUGAAUACUUUAUGACUUUA